AUGCCUUCAAUCAAGCGACAAGCCUCCGAUAGCUUCAGUGGACCAAACCAUUCCCUCGUGAAACGUCAAAAGUCCAACUCGGAUCUGAAAGAGAAUGGCGCUCUUGCAGUGACCUCGCAAGGAAAGGGGAAAGAUGGCGCCCUCAUACAGUUGGUUCCUAGAACAAGCGGCUUACAAGCCCCAAUAAUGGAGUUGACAGGCCAUUCCGGUGAAGUCUUCGCCGUCAGAUUUGACAAGAGUGGUCAGCAUCUUGCUUCUGGCUCCAUGGACCGGACUAUUAUGCUUUGGAAUACGUACGGUCAAUGCGAGAAUUACGGAGUUCUGACGGGUCAUAAAGGCGCAAUCCUCGAUCUGCACUGGUCACGCGACUCACAAGUAUUAUAUUCGGCGUCCGCCGACAUGACAGCUGCCAGCUGGGAUCUCGAAUCCGGCCUGCGAAUACGGCGACAUGAGGGGCACGAGGAGGUUAUCAAUUCACUCGACGUAGCGCGAAGAGGAAAUGAGAUCCUGCUCACGGGAAGCGAUGAUGGCUGCAUAGGAAUAUGGGACCCACGACAGAAAGCCGCCGUCGACUACAUUGAGACCGGUUUUCCCAUCACGGCAGUGGCGCUUGCAGAGCAAGGACACGAAAUCUAUUCCGGUGGCAUUGAUAACGACAUUAAAGUGUGGGACGCCCGAAAAAUGGAGGUGAUUUAUUUGUUGAAAGGUCAUACUGACACGAUCACAUCACUCGCGGUAUCCUCGGAUUCGCAGACGCUCCUCUCCAAUUCACACGACUCUACUGUACGGACGUGGGACAUCAGGCCUUUCGCACCUGUUGACCGGGCGGUGCAAACCUACGAUGGAGCCCCUGCAGGGUUUGAGAAGAAUCUUAUCAAAGCGAGCUGGUCACCCAAAGGUGAUAAGAUCUGCGCCGGUUCGGGGGACAGGACUGUUGUGGUUUGGGAUACCCGUUCCGCCAAAUUACUGUACAAGCUUCCAGGGCACAGAGGUACAGUCAACGAUGUUCGCUUCUCGCCUGCUGGAGAGCCGAUCAUUGUGUCUGCUUCAACGGAUCGGAAUCUGGUGCUGGGGGAGUUGGGAAGGUGA